GCAAGUUCUUGAACGUGAGUUUAUAUAAGUAGGAGAAGAUAGUGAGUGAUGAUCGAUGAUGUGUAAAGCUUAGAAUCAAAAGAGCUUUUAAUCAUUGAAGAGGCAAUGAUUAUGAGCAUCAUUAAGGCCUAUGCUAGGUUGUGUAGCCUCGUGGUAACCAUCAUUACAAUUUACAGGGUCGAGAUAAAGACUCUGCUCGAACGGAGCGACCUCGGCGCAAGAUUUUCCGGGAAAAGGGUUGUGAUCGGUGGAUGGGUUAAGUCUUCUAGAGCGGUUAAGAAAGAUCUUCCUCCUCCUCCGCCGCCGCCGGUACUAGCUAUACCUCCGCCGUCGAGCGGUGGGAAUCAAGCUUCUACGACGGCCAACAUCAGCUGCACGGAAAUCAUCCAAUCGAAAAUGAAUAUCUUCAGAAAACUUUUCGACGUCUUGAGCGGCGGUGGAAAGACUUACCCAAUCUUCGAUAAACCGGAGCUCGCCGGUCAGAAGACCGCGCCACCACCGGAGUAUAUUUUAUACUUGUCAGUCAGUGAUGGCUCCUCCGUGACCAGUAUCCAGGUUGUUGUUGAUUCUGCGAUGUCGACUGUUCCACCAACUCAGCUUAUGGCUCUAGGGACAUGUAUUGUAGCAGAAGGUGUGUUAAGACAACCAAUGGCUGCUUCUGCAAAACAUGUAAUUGAGCUUGAGGCAGAGAAGCUUCUUCAUGUAGGAACAGUGGAUCCAGAGAAGUAUCCACUGUCGAAGAAACAGCUUCCUCUGCACUUGCUUAGAGACUUCUCUCACUUCAGGCCCCGCACAACUACCGUUGGGUCGGUGACUCGAGUCCACAGUGCGCUAACCUUCGCGAGCCACACAUUUCUUCAGUACAAUGGGUUUCAGUAUGUUCAAGUACCAGUCAUCACAACCACUGGAUUUGGCGAAAUGUUUAGGGUCACUACUCUUUUAGGUAAAACUGAUGAUAAAGAGGAGAAGAAGCAUGUCAAAGAAAAAGAUGGAUUUAGCGUUGACACAGUAAAGGCUGCGAUAAAGGAAAAGACUAAGCUGAUUGAUCACCUUAAGAGAUCUGACAGUAACCGGGAAGCUGUGGUCGCUGCCGUACAUGACUUGAAGAAAACAAGCGAUCUUGCAUCGCAGCUUGAGAUGAAACAAAAACCAAAGGCAGCAACUCUGAUCAAACCUGAGAAGCUUGAUUUCUCGAAAGAUUUCUUUGGUUGUGACACUUACCUGACUGUUUCUGGGAGGUUUCAUCUUGAGAGCUAUGCUUCUGCACUUGGAAAAGUUUAUACCUUUGGACCAAGAUUCAUAGCUGACAAAAUCGACAAUGCAAGGCAUUUGGCGGAGAUGUGGAAUGUGGAAGCUGAGAUGGCUUUCUCCGAAUUGGAUGAUGCUAUGGAUUGUGCUGAUGAAUUCUUCAAGUUCCUCUGCAAAUAUCUUCUGGAAAAUCGUCAUGAAGACAUGAAAUUCAUAUCUAAACGAGCUGACAAGACCAUCAUCAUGCGUCUCGAAGCAACAGCUUCCAAUUCUCUUCUGAGAUUCUCCUAUACCGAAGCGAUUAGUCUUCUACAGAAGGCAACGAGUAGAACAUUCGAAACAAAGCCUGAGUGGGGCUUUGCUUUAACGGAAGAGCAUCUCAGUUAUUUAACUGAUGAGAUCUACAAGGGUCCUGUAAUUAUACAUAGCCACCCGAAAGAGGUUAAACCGUUUUACAUACGGUUGAAUGAUGACAAGAACACUGUAGCAGCAUUUGAUCUGGUGGUUCCAAAGGUUGGUGUUGUGAUCACUGGGAGCCAAAACGAAGAACGGUUUGAGAUUUUGGAUGCGAGGAUCGGGGAAUCUGGAUACACAACAAAGGAGAAGUACGAGUGGUACUUAGAUUUAAGGAGGCAUGGGACAGUGAAGCAUUCCGGAAUAAGCCUAAAGAUGGAACAUAUGCUUCUGUUUGCGACGGGACUUCCUGAUAUCAAAGACGCCAUUCCUUUCCCAAGAAGUUGGGGCAAAGCAAACAAUUGAAGCAGCCUCAAGGUUUUAUGUACAAACUCACUUUCGUCGUUAUGUAAUAAUCUAUGUAACCAUACUUGGUGAAAUAAAUAAAAAAAGAGAGAAUUGUAUCCCAAAAGUGUUCAUAAUGAUUAUGGGGGUUGUAUAUUUUGGAGGAAAUUUGUAA